ACAAUUCGAUUCAAUUGUGUCUUUCAAAUCACACUUAUGGUUGACUGCUGCAACGGAUUUUGUUGUUUUAACAAGCGCUUCCGGUCACGUGUCAGAUGUGCGCAUGCGUGUCUCUGGAAGCUUGCAUGGCGUCAAUUUGCACGACUGUGAUCUCAAUUUAACGCUGGGUGAGAUAAGGGGUGAUUUUGAUCGCAUCACUUAAUUCGCUCCAUUGUUUUGUCUCUAAGCAGUUGUUUGUAGACCGACACAGGAAGCUCAAUGUCGGUGGCAAACGCGAAGCUAAGUGUCCUGAAGCCGGUGAUCCCAUAUACAGGAUCUAUUCCUGGAGGCCUGCACCCUGGAGAGAUCAUCAUCAUUCAGGGCACUGUACUAUCAAAUGCUGACAGGUUCCAGAUUGACCUAUCCUGUGGCGGCAGUACCAAGCCGCCUUCUGACGUGGCCUUGCACUUCAGCGCUCACUUCAAGGGCUCGCCCUGCGUGCGAUGCAACUCCCUGCUGCAGGAGAGCUGGGGCCAAGAGGAGACCCUGCAACAGCUGCCCUAUAAAUGCGGGGCCCCGUUCGAAACCAUCAUCCUGGUGCACGAGGACACUUUCAAGGUAGCAGUAAACGGAGCUCACCUCCUGGAAUACAAACAUAGAAUCCCACUAAAUAGGAUCAACACAUUUUCUGUGUCUGGGAAGGUCCAAGUGCAGGCUAUAGGCUACAUCCCAAACUCUGCAAUAUACUCAGAGUCUAGUGACUUGAGCCUCCCUUACAAAGGCAGUAUACUAAAAGGCCUGAGCCCUGGGCAGCACAUAACCAUCAAAGGACAGAUCAGCAUGUAUCCUCACAGUAUUACAGUGAACCUCUGCAACAGCAGAACAGAGAGCAUUGCUCUUCACCUGAACCCUCGCAUGAAAUCCAGCACAUUCAUCAGGAACUCAUACCUGAAUGAAUCCUGGGGUCAGGAGGAGCGGGAGUUGGUCUUUUUCCCCUUUUCUCCUGGAGAGUAUUUUGAGAUUCUCCUCCUCUGCCAGGCACAUCAGUUCAAGCUGGCGGUGAACGGCUUGCACUUGUUUGAGUUUAAACACCGGGUUCAGGACCUGAGCACCAUCGACCUGCUGGAGAUAAUGGGAGACCUGGAGCUUAUGGAUGUCAAACUGUGGUGAUCGAGACAGUUGCUUUACUUGAGUUUCAUCACACACAUUUAUUUUAGAAGUUGUGUUGAUGUGACUUCAGUCUUUUAAGAUGUGUUCAGACUGUAGGCUUAUCUGAUUCCGUCUCAAGUCUCAAUUUUCGGGCUGACUGUCCGCACUGUUUUUAGCAAGUAUUGUUGCGUUUUGUUCAAGAUGUCCAUCGUUGAGCAAAGAAAACAAAUAUGUGGAGUAAUAGUUGGUUCUUUAUUUGCAAGAUCUUGGGUUGCUUCACGGCAGUCAGUACAAGUGCGCUUCAGCAGAUGAGAACAACCCAAGAUCUUGCAAAUAAAGAACCAACUAUUACUCCACAUCUUUGUUUUCUUUGCUCAACGACGGACAUCUUGAACAAAACGCAACAAUUGGUGACCCCGACGCGAUGUCAGGUUGAGCGGUUCUGGUCCUAUUCAGACUAGGCCACAUUAUUGACCCAUUUGACAAGUUGCUAUGUAGCAAUGAUGUCGGAACCGAAGGAUCGUCCACCAUGUGUACCGUUUGACGUCAUAUAAUAGCGGCAACACACAAAAUACUUCCAUAAAUGUACUUGUUGCAAUACAUGUAGUUUCAAUCCAUUUUGCAAAUACCAGAUUUCAUGUGUUUAGCGACCGUCUGGACUACGAAAGAGACUUGUUUCAGUCUGGAUGAACUAAAAAUCAUAUUUUGGCUAGCAGUCUAAACAAGGCCUUAUUGCGUCACUAGUGACACUGGCUAGCUUCUUUUUACCCUUGUGUUAAAAAAAUGAGCCAUGUGAGGCACAUCAGCAACACAAACCAAUUUUGUAUCAUGCCUUCCUUUCUCAUUUGGGUACUGUAUAUACAGUAGUGUUUUUUUUACUUGCCAUGACAGUUAAAAUUCUUAAACAUUACCUUUAUGAUGGAGACUCAGAGGUUGUACCACUAAUUUAAGAAGCCGACUCUGCUGCUAAAAAACAAGGAAAGAGAAAAUGAGUGUAUAAUUUCCUCCAUUUUUACAUGUUUACUCUCUCAUAUUUCUGGCAAGAAGCAUAAAGUAUAGCAGAUCGAAUUUGUGACUAUAUAAUAAUAAUGGUAGUAAUAAUAAAAAAACACAAACCGGUGAAUACAA